CUGUUUUCGUUUUUAAAUGAGAUGGAAUUUAUUUAGUUUAAACCAAGAAUGUCAGUUUUGAGUCUUGUGCCGGAAGAAAAACGUAAGGAAUUGAGAAAUUCGCUCGAGAGCGUCUACAGCAGCAACUCCCGCCUCACCUUGCUCCAGAAGCGCAAGCGCCUCAACCCCCUCGUGGACAUGUCCAACCAGUCCCUCAACAAGGGCGACCGUUACGUCACCCAGCGGGUGCUCUCCGCCAAGACACACCGGGUGAAACAGCUGCAGAAUCAGUUGGCUGAUGCUCAUUAUCAUUUACAAGAGCUCAGCAACGAAAAUCGAGUAUUACGUGCUCUCCAAAAGAAACAAGAAAUCGCCUUACAAAGAUACGAGAAUUCAAACGCGGAGCUCCCUCAAGUGCUGAACUCUCACAACGAGGAGAUGCGCAUCCAGCAGAGCAAGUUUAAGCAGCUCAAACUGCAAUACCGGGACGCAGCGCAGAAGCUGAAGGAGCGAGACCUCCAACUGCAGCAGCUGAAGGACGAACACCAGCAUUUAUUGGAUUUGAGCAAGGACAGGAACCUUCUCGAACGCGAGAAGCUGCAAGCUCAAGUGGCGGAGCUCACGUCGAAGGUGCAGCAGCAGAAUGAGGCUAUAAGCAUGCUGCAGCGACGCAUCGCGCUCGAGGCAAAGAACCACAAGCACCAGUUGCAGGCCGAGAUCAACAAACACAAGGACACCAGGCACGACCUGGAUCUAGCCAUCAACAACGCCGACAAACUGUCCACUAUAAUUGAGAUGAAAGAAAAGAUGCUGACCACUGCAGCGUGCAGAAGUGUCAAGUCUCCCACCAAGGUCGCUUCGACCACUAACAUUACACGCGCGAUCAGCAAGAGUGGAAGGGAGACCACUAGGGGAAACGACGAGAGAGCUAAUAUAAUGCACUUGGAACAAAGCCUACUCACAAAACUGUGUGAGAACUCGCGUAAUGUGAGCAGUUCACUAUCGCACGAGGAAGAUACGAGUUCAUCCACUGAACCACGCUCCCGAUAUGUUUCAUCCCGUAGUUCCACCAGUAACCGGACCACCCCAAGCCAAAGCCAGAAUCGAAAAGGAUCGAAAAGCUCAGACGAUAUGAUAGAACUUGCGAAAACCGUUCAAGAUGGUAUGGCUGACCUUGCAAUCAUUGACGAUGACUUAAAACACGCCACUCCUGAAGAAAUGCAGAAAAAAAUGGAAGCAAUGAAGGCUGAUCUGAUGAAGAGAAUAAAAAAUAAUGAGGAACCCGGUUCAAGAAAGACAAGUGCGUUGAGAAGAAAAUCUACAGAAGAUUCCAUUGAAGAACAGAUUGAGGAAGUGGUUAUAGAACGCCCCAAAUCGAGAGGAAGGAGAGGCUCUACAGUUUCGUUCUACGACAGUUCAAGUUCUGAAAUGAAUGCUGCAAGUAGCAGUACUGGCGACGAAGCGAAAUCAAUGAUAAGACGUGAACUCAGCAUCACCGAAAAGAAAGUUAUGGGAAAACCAAUAGAAAAAUACUGCAAAGACAUUAUCCAAGAUAUAGAGAAAAGCAGCAAAGUAAUCGAUAAUCAUAUGAAACAGUUCACACAAACUAAGUUCGCUAGUGACAAAUUAGUAGAACAAUUGCAAGCGGUUGAUUCAUUGAACGAAUUUGUCAACGGUGGAGGCGAUAUACCAUCAGAGGCCUUGAGUGAACUGAAUGAUAACUUCAAAAUGAUUACUGAGCAAGUAUUUUCUGAUAAUGUUCCAAUACCCCGUAAACGUUCGGUUUCCGGAAGAAGAAAUUCCCGUAUUGAAUCCAGAACUAGCUUGCUAGGUGAUUCUAAUAUGAGUAACCAGGAUUUGCUGGAAGAUUUGUUGGGGAAGAAAUGAUAUACGGCACUUUUUAAUACGUAGCCGUAGUGCGACAUUCAAAUGGACUGGAUGUGAAUUGUAGUUAGAACAAUGUAUUUGAAAUGAAUUUAAACUCGUUCAUAAUGUUCUGUUAAUAUCGAAUUACCUUGCAAUUUAAUUAUUCAAAACUGAUGCAAUAACUAGCAUUUUCCCCGCGAACCGACGCUCCUUAAUUGCGUGAAAGAAAGAUAAACCUAUAAAAUAUAUUUUUGAACUAGUUGCGUGGUUUGACCCAUGUUUAUUAUGGGUAGUAAAUUAAUAUCUUACGUUAAAUUAACUUUUCCAAUUGGACUGUUACUCGUUGUGAUCGAUUCAAACAUAGAUACACGAAAACAAAUUCUUCAUCUUUGUAAUACUACAGCAGAUAAAUAUGUUUAUCAUCAUCACCAUCAAUAUCAACCCCUUAUCGGGCCUGGGUCACCUGGGUAAGGUUGAGAAAGAUUUCGGUAGCAGCUGACCACGCUGGCUAAAUAUGGAUUGGUAGACUCCGCACGCCUCAGAGAACAUUAUUAGAACUCUCAUGCAUGUCCCCGAGAGGGAAACCUCAGGGAAAACUCUAAGCUAUCCCCGCUUCGAAUACGUUUAUCAGUUCAACCCAUUACCGGCCCACUACAGCGC